CACAACUGAACCAUACUUGAUCAAAGUAAGGAACCUAUCUUGUUUUUGUGUUAACUGUGUGAAAGGAAUAUUUGAAAAUUGCCUGAAUUCUGAUUAUGUAUCUGCUUACCAGUCAAAGAAGAUUACUUUGUUGAAAACAAGAUGCAAAUAAAGGAAAAGAGACUGUAACAAUCGAGAAUAAAGAGGCAACAAAGGAACACAUAGAGACAAUGUUGACAAAAAAAAGCGAAACUGUUGAUGCAAAGAAAGCAAUUAAAUGCUGAUAAGGAUGGUAAAGAAAACAGAGAAACAGAACUGGGAGACUGCAAGAAAACUAAGAAGACCCAAACGGAAAUCAAAGCAUCAAAGUUAAAAAGGAAAAGGUUUGAAAGGGUUGUCAAGAAAAAAGAAAAAAAUCUAAAGUAUAGUUUAUCUAAUCAGGAAAUCAGACGAGGUCCUCUGGAGGAUGUGAAGGAGGGAAACAAAAAACAGAUAAAAGUAUGCAAGGACAGUGAAGGAGCAUCUGAAGCCUAUUUGUCUAUAAUGGUAUGCCAGAGUUAUGAAGAUCUAGAAAUUGUAGCAGAUCAAUUACAGCUAUCACCCAUUUCAGAAAAAACUCCUGACGUGACGAUAACUACACACAAGAGAACUGUUGAUAAGGCAUCGAUGUCACUUGUACCAAAUGAUGAUGGCCUGGAGAAUCUUUUCCCAUGUCUAAUAUAUGGAGAUGGAAACUGCCUUCCUAGAUGUGGUAGCCUUUUUGCAUAUGGAACGGAGAAUAAACAUUUAGAUAUUCGAGCAAGAAUUGUGUUACACUUGGUGAAAUAUAAGGAAAUUUAUCUGAAUGCAGACUUUAUUAGAAAUGACAGAAAUUCCACAAAUGAUGUGCGUUCAUUUGCAAUGUUCUCUGAAUUCUUCAGUGGAGAGAACUUAAAAGACCUAGCAGUACAAAGAAUCUUUGAAAAAGAAGUCUUUUCUAUCCGAAAAUCAGACACUUACAUGGGAGCAUGGCAGCUCUUGCCAACGUUUUAAACAGACCAGUAAGAUCUGUUUAUGCUUUGUAUGGAGGGCAAACUGUUAGGAAAGAAUUAAAUAGAACAUUUUUCCCUUUUUCAAGUGAAAAGCAACAGGAUCAGGGAACUGUCUACAUAUUGUGGACAAAUUUGUUAGGUGAUUCAAUACCGGAAAACCAGUGGAAACCAAACCAUUUCGUAGUGUUGCUUCCACUUCAAGAGCCAGUGAAGCACAGUUAUGAGGUUUUGAACAAUGACGCUGGAUUGGAAGAUGUCACUUCUUUUUUUGUGACUUUUGAAAACAGCUUGGGGCCUAACGACAUGGAUUUUGAGGAAUCCGGUUCAGAGAGUAUUGAUAUUUCGACUCUAAUAUCAAACUUGGAUGAAGAUCUAUCAACAGAGAUGUCGCCUACUUUCCCUUCAUUUGAAAGGAAAGAAAAGAGCAGAACAUCUUUAGAGAGUGGUGAGCCAGUACAGAGUGAUGGGCAGAGUUAUGGGUCAAUGAAGAGUGAUGUGCCAUUGUAGAUGAAUGGGCCAGUGCAGAGAGAUGGGCCAGUGAAGAAAGAUGUCGAGAGUGACGUGCCAGUGCAGAGUGGAGUGCCAGUGCAGAGAGAUGGGCCAGUGCAGAGAGAUGUCCAGAGUGACAUGCCAGUACAGAGAGAUGGGCCAGUGCAGAGUGACGUGCCAGUGCAGAGUGACGUGCCAGUGCAGAGUGGAGUGGCAGUGCAGAGUGAUGGGUCAGUGCAGAGAGAUGGGCCAGUGCAGAGAGAUGUCCAGAGUGACAUGCCAGUGCAGAGAGAUGGGCCAGUGCAGAGUGACGUUCCAGCCCAGAGUGACGUGCCAGUGCAGAGAGAUGGGCCAGUGCAGAGAGAUGUCCAGAGUGACAUGCCAGUGUAGAAAGAUGGCCAGUGCAGAGUGACGUUCCAGCCCAGAGUGACGUAACAGUGCAGAGAGAUGGG